AUGGCCGCCCACGUCGAUAUCCGCAAGCUUGCCGCAACUUGGAAUAGUGUGCCCGACUCGGUCUACUCACGAUGCGGGUGGAUCUACCCGUGCGAAAAGCUCGCGCUGGACGAGCUCGAGCCCUUCAAUGCCCCAGCGGGUAUCCCGCCAAAGACCCCGGGGGCCAUAUCAUCGACGACUCGGCGGGCACUGGUCUCCCGCCAGCAGCCACGCCUUGUCAGAGACGACCCGCACGAGAGCCCCGACGCAGAGGAGCGGCCAAGCACCACCUACUCGCAGUACUUUGCCGCGGCCAAGGUCGACGUCAAUAAGCUCUGCAAGAUUUCCAGUCGGCUCUGGGACAAGGACGUUCCCCUUUCCUUGCUCAUGGACCAGGAGCCGGACGUCGCAGACAGCUUCACCCACGAUGUCUUCAUGGACAAUCUCGAGAGCUGCUUCAUCACCCAGGCCGAAGCCGAGGAAACCAGUCGCACCUUCCGGCGACAGUCCUAUCUCCAAGAUCUGCAUAGGGUUGCUGCCGAGCGGAAAAAGAAGGGCUUCCUCGUAUCCGUGACCCCGGACCAGCCCAAACCCAAGCCCCAUCAGAUGCCGACGAUCGCAACAGCAUCCAAGCAGCGACGCAAGUCCACAAUCCUCGGCGAGAGCAGCUCUGCCAGACCCAUCCACCUCUCGCAUCAUUUAAAUGCGCAUCCUGACUCGCACACUCGCUCGGCUGGCUCGGCAAAGCCUCGACAGCGAAGCAGCAACGAUGCCUCGGACGAGUCGCUGCCCUCGAUUGUGGCCGAGACCAUCAAUGGCAUCAUCAGCCGUUCGCACACACGCAAUGCAAACUUUGAUAAGCGACUCAAGUCCUUGCAUCUCACUCGGUACUCCGGGAAGAGGGAUCAUGUCGCCCACAUCGACAUCCCCACCAUCGCAGUCACUGAGAUCCGCCAUGGGUCCGACUCGACACCCAGCAAAGGCGCUCUCAAGACGCCGCGAGCUUCUCACGAGGACUACGGCGAUGACUCGGACAGAAGCAAUUCAAAGCUGAAGCUGAGCACCGGCUCCUUGCGUCCCGGGGAGCAACCAGACCGAGGCAGCCGAGUGCUGGACCACACCAUCGACUUGUUGAGGAAGAGGGAGCGGCGAUCGCGCAAGGAUGUCCAGCACAUAUUCGCCUACCUGCGUGCCCAGCGGGCCUUCAAAAACAUAUCUUCGCAAGUGCUGAAGGAGCUGUGCACCGUCGCCACCCUGGUAGAGUGCGGCCACAACAAGGUGAUCUUCUCGCAGGGCGACAUCGGUACCUGCUGGUACGUCGUACUGACCGGCAAGGUCAAUAUCUGGACAAGCAACUCCAGCACAAACGCAAACAUCCUCGUUGCCACUAUCGAGGCCGGCGACGGCUUUGGGGAGCUCGCGCUCCUGAACGAGGUCCCACGCAGCGGCACUGCCGUGACAGCUGGCUCCUGCAUGCUACUCAAGGUCGAGAAAAUCGACUACAACCGAGUUGUCAGGCAAGUCUGCCGCGGGUCAGAGUCGGGAUUCGCACACAAGUUCCAGUACCACGAAAACGUCCUGUUCCUUCGUCGAGUCGGCACCCUAUCUACACUCACGUCUGAGCGCCUGCACUUUCUCGCCAGCAUCAUGGUCAUCCGAGGCUGCGACAAGGGCCAGUUUAUCCUCAGCGAGAACCAGAUCAUCACAUACGUGCACUUCAUUAUCAAGGGCACCUGCGAGGUCCUCAAGUCGCUGCACAUGGAUGACGGCUCGACCAUCCUCGUGCGUCUCGGACUCCUUCGGGAGCUCGACUACUUUGGCGAGGCCCCGAUCGUCAUGAACACGGCCCGCGAAACCAAGUCCAGCAUAUCUGUGCGCUCCAUCACCGAGUGCAAGCUUGGGUGCCUGCAGAUUCAUAGUGCCCGCGAGGAACUCAGCGGCAGCGUGGCUUCGACCGAGUACUGGAACUGGACAGAGGAUCAAACACUGAGCACUUAUCUUUCCACCAUCGACAAGAAGCACUGGGAAAGGUACAAGAGCAAGGUGCUCACCAGGAUCAUGCGUGAGCGGCUCCAGGAUGCGAGCUUUGACCUCAAACGCUAUCGCACCGAGUGGGCGGCCACACCCUGA